CUUUAAGACUCCUGGGUAGGCUAGGGCCAUCUUCGACUUACGAUAUUUUUUUACUUACGUUGGGGUCGUCGUAACGCAUCUCCAUCGUAAGUAGAGGACUGACCCUGUAUUCGAAAAGGAAUCGUCAAAAUGUGUUCCGCUAAAGCCACAGUAACGUAAAAAGGCGCACGCGCACGUGUUUCGCAAAGCUGCACAAACUGUUAACGAGAAACGCUUUCACUGCGAAUUAAUGCACAUUCCCUGCUUACACGCUCCUUCCAAAGCACUUACAAAAGUGAAUGGAGCCAUGUGUAACGCCACUUGGCUUCGUGGCGGUGCUGCUCUGCAUAUCGGGGCCCCCCCCCAUCACUUGGGAGCGACAAAAAUAACCUCGACUUUGUUUGUCCUCCCGAAAUAGCUAAACAAUUGUGAUCGAUUAAAUAUACAUGGUCCCGUGUGGUUUGCGUUACUUCUAUGUGCGGUAUUCUUGUGGGUAAGUGAAGGUUGCGUUAUCGGAAAACAAUCGUGGUGGUUUGGACAAAUAAUGCGCUGCGUUUAACGUGUCUCCAGUUCUUCUCGCCGUAUUAUACCGGAUUACAAUGCCCAAAUACCUCGAGAGCAUGGGCCAAACUUAACUUGACAAAAUGGUCAACGCUUAGAAAACGCUGAAUAAUAAUUACGAAUUGCAAUUUAAUGGAAUAAUGUCUUGAUUUUGGGGGCUAGUUGCACUGUGCAUACGUUUACGCGAGUAAUUGCUCAUAUUUUGCAAAAACGCAUUGUUUUCUCGAGAAUAUUUUGUUAAGCUCUUCAAACCCACGUCCCCAGUGGCGGAGUGUGAUAAUUUGUUUUCUUUGAUGGUGCUGUAGCUUUUGUGAGUGAGUGCCCCGUCAAUAGAGAUUACGUGAAAUGAAAGGGGGCUGUGGGACAACUAAAUCGCCCCCCCCCCCCAAAGAAACCGUGGUAGUGUAGAUAGCAAGGUGGUUUAUUAUGCAACUGAGAUGCGUCGAUGGGUAUAAAUUAAUGCAAAUAAGACACGGGGGGAGCAAAAUAGGAAAACAAUGGUCGGGUUACUUGCUUCCGGGGUUGUAAGGCAAAUAGAACGCAAAUGCACGAAUUUUUUUUUCGUGGCAAAAAAAAGGAUUACAGCAGUGUCUUUGUUGUACAUACAUAGACUUUUCCCUCCCGCCCUCCCCCCGUCAAAUGUGAGUUAAUUAAAUUUCAAAAGGUAGCUACAUGUAUUUUCUUUCUCUCUCUCCUAAAAUAUGCGCAUUUAAUUUUCUCGUGUGACCUUUUUGAAAAACAUUUGCACGUGGAAAGUGGCUCGAUUAGGUGCCUACAUCAACACGAGUAUUCGUCUCGUUGUUUCCAUGGCUAAAGAAGUGAAAGCAAGAAGUAAAAACUAAACGCAUUGGCCAUUAUUUCAGAAAUUACGAAGCACCGUCAUUUGACACUCACGAGUAUUGUCGGAAAAAUGUAACCUACCUUUUUACUAAUUGCACCCACUUGAUAAACUAUGGUGAAUUAACAUAGUGCUAUAUUUAACUAUUGUUUCACUGUUUUAGGCGUAGCUGAUGACUGAAAGGAAGCACAUGAAAGCGCCAUACACUUCAAUACUUACAUAAUAUUUUUCAGAAUGUAUUGUCCUCCGUGUCAAUCCACUGCUAGAUGAAGGCCUCCCCUAUGCCCUUGUCAGUCAUGUGGUUGUUUGACCAUACUGCACCCAACUGAUCAGUGCAGGUUGGUGAACAUUGGGGGGAGGGGAUGGUGCCCAGGACCGGGUUGAGACAUCACUCGCUUCCAAUUUUAUUUUUGUUUGAAAUCGAACCGAGGUGAACCGGGUUCAUAGUGUAAGGCACUAGCCACUAUGCCACUACUCCCAAACUAAUAUAACAUAUUUUUCAUGUAUAUUUUACUAAUGGCCAAUUGGCCAUUUGUAUUUUUAGUAAAAAAAAUACAGAUUAAAGUCGUGAAAAAAAGUUUAAAAUAACUCAAUAACACCAUGGUGUUAUUAAAAAAAUGUGUAACAGAAUAUUUCAAUAGUAUCGCAAUGUGCCUAAACAUACAUUGCUUCUACAGUGUGGUUAAAACUUGCUUGCCAAGCUGUGACAGUGGGUAAAGUUGAAUCAGUAUCUGAAUAUUAUAAAGUCUUCAACAUGUUGCAAAUGAUAAAAACUAAAUUUAGUUUAAAUAUUUAAAAAAAUUUCCCCAUUACUGUUGCCCGAUUAUGAGCUACAAGAUUUUUUUGCAGCCAGGUCCAAAGUGCAAAUGCGGUUCGGCAGGCAGGGUUUAAUGCUGGGGCGAGUUGCAUAUGUAAUAAAUUGCUUUUUUUUCUGAAGCCUCGUUCUGCCGGGCUGUAUCUCUGACAUUCCUGCUGGCAGACAAUGACAGGAGUUAAUGGUGAACGAUGUAAAUUGAGGCGAUGGGCCCUCUGUUGCGCCUAGCUUCAUUCGGGCCCCGCUGAUUGUACAACUGGCAGGCGGCUGACUCCUCGCCUCUCGCCUGCUUGUUCUGGAAAUUACACGCUACAUAACUGCAGAUUAAGGAGCGAGCGAAAUGGCAUAAUUUUAAUUUUACACGGCGACCCCGGGGCCAUUUAAUUUUCCAUUUAAUUUUUCUCGCCCUUUGUUUGCCUUCGCGCGGUCAUUAUGGCGGCAAGAUUUUUACAAAGCGUUUUAAACUUUGCAUACCCGUGGCGGUAAUUAAAUUUCUGGAAAUGACUGCGCGCUUCCUGUGAAUGCUUGGCUGUCAGCUCAAUGGCAGGCGGGUGGUGUGUUAGGAACAUGCAAGAGACGCACACAGUGGUUCCGUGCAGAUAGAGAUCCCAGCCAGCCCGCUACCCCACGCAGUCUGGCCCCCACGCCUAAGAGUGAUGCUGUUUACCUGGGGAUUUCUUGCAGAACCCUGGAUGGAGAUGGACGCAGAGGGCUCCCUUGACCAUAUGCGCAACUCAGCCAGCCCCGUCAAGGCGGAAGGCGAUGGUGGCGGUGUGCUGCCAGCCGACUGCCCCGGCUUGCUUGGCUCCGUUGGCAUCGGUGACGACGAGAGCCCCUUCGAGGAGUUCCCCACCGUGCCGAUGGCUCGCGGUGGAAGCCCACUCGGCACGCCGACGGAGAUGGACGAUUGCGCCAGAGACGAGGAGAUGUCCUGCUCUGGGGGGAUCCGACUGCCCAAUGGGAAGUUGAAGUGCGACAUCUGCGGCAUGGUCUGCAUCGGACCCAACGUCCUCAUGGUGCACAAACGCAGCCACACAGGCGAGCGGCCUUUUCACUGCAACCAGUGCGGAGCGUCGUUCACCCAGAAGGGCAACCUACUGCGCCACGUCAAGCUGCACACGGGAGAGAAGCCUUACAAGUGCCACCUGUGCAGCUAUGCAUGCCGGCGGAGGGAUGCCCUCACCGGUCACCUCCGCACCCACUCAGUUGGGAAGCCACACAAGUGCUGCUACUGUGGGCGGAGCUACAAGCAGAGGAGCUCACUGGAGGAGCACAAGGAGCGCUGCCACUCGUACCUACAGGGCCUGCAGGCCGGCCACUUCCCAGCUCUCUCAGGCGGUGGAGAAAUCAAAGAGCCAGUGUAUACAACUGAUAAGAACCUGGACAGGUCAGUGCUGUUAAACCAGCUGGCGUACAAUGUUGCCAAGAGAAAGAGCAGCGUGCCACAGAAAUUUAUCGGUGACAGACAGCUUCCUCUUUCGAUGCCACACCUGCAGUACGACAUGAGCGCCGCCUUUGACAAGGACUCGCUGCUGAUACAAACGCGCGUCAUGGACCAAGCCAUCAACAACGCCAUUUCUUACCUCGGCGCCAAGACCCUGCGCCCCUUUGUGCAGCCUCCGGUGGGUGCGGUGUCAGACCUGCCCCACGCUGUCAGUGGGGUCUACCCCAACUUCUACACACUUCCCACAGCAGACAUGAACCCCGCCAAUGAUAGAGCUCUCAACAGCUAUGCGGGUGCAGGUCGCCCACCUAGCCUCCAGGUCAGAGAAAAACGUCCGGCGCCAGACCGUGCCACUUCGCCGAGCCACAGCUUGGAGGACAGCGCAGACGCCGAGAGCAUUCCAGAGGAACACAACUCGACAGGACACCCGACAGACUACUCGUUGGCAUCGCGUGAGAGGGGCGCGGAGGAAGCCAGCAAAACAGACUUCAAGGAGGCAAUGGACGAUGAGAAGGGCAGUGAAGACGGAAAGCCCCUGGAUGAUGGAAGGGUGCUAAAUGGGCUGGCGGAUCAAGACACAUUCAGCGUAGUCAACAGUGACGGGGAGAAAAUCCGGGCCUACAAGUGUCAGCACUGCCGUGUGCUUUUCCUUGACCACGUCAUGUACACAAUUCACAUGGGAUGUCACGGCUUUCGAGACCCAUUUGAGUGUAAUAUGUGUGGCUAUCACAGCCAGGACCGCUAUGAGUUUUCUUCUCACAUUGUGCGAGGGGAGCAUUCUGUUUUAUAGAAGAAGAAAAAAAGCUUUUUUUUUUUCAAUGCACAAAUUAUUUUGCACAAGAAUGGUUAUACUGUAUGUGCACGCCUGCAGUGCUUCCCACCUUUGAGGUGUGUGUCUCUAUGUAGCCAGCUGGUGAAUGAGUAGGGAAAUGUGUACAUUACCUUUGUAUUAGACCAAUGGUUGUUGCAACGCAAGACUCUUUUCACAGUGGUUAUGGAUCAUUUUGCAUCAUAUCUUUGACACCCAUCUUCUUCUCGAUGCAAUGAGGAUCGAGGUAAAACAUACCUUUUAAAGUAAUGUUAAACAUAUUGUAUGCGGUUCUCAUGCAAAUUUGAUCAUAACACUGCUUGUCACAUAAGCAUAACUGUCAAUGUAAAAUAGCACGUAAUCAUAAUUUUAAAACAGGAAUUUUAUUAAGUGUACAUAUUAAACUAUUAUAUUAAUUCAUAGGGGUUGCAUUUAAUGGACAGUUAUUUCGUUUUCUUUCUGGAUACCUAACAGUAAGAGAGCCAUCAUUGAUCCAUUUAUAUUUCACAGCCUGUUUUAUUUUUAAGGUUUCUGAAACUGCUUUUGUUUGAGCAUUAAUAUGUAAUUGCAUGACUUUGUAUUGUUUCCAUACUUUUGAUGUUAGAACAUGGAACUCAGAUGUGAUAUUUUGGUCCUCAUUGUUCGGUUGUAUUAUCACUUUUGUAAAUGUGUUCCAUCUUGACUUAAAGCUUUCGUGACUGCAGGAAUUCAUAUUAUUUGGGUCUUUCUGUAAAGCCACGUAGAGAGAGCAAAUAAUAAAAUAAUUGUAUUACUUGUUAUUAUUUGUUCUAUCGACAUGGCUUUACCGAAAGACCCAAAUAUAAAUGUGUUCCAUUAUCGAUGUCAAUGUUGCAUGCAUUUUCUUUGAGAUAAUUUAAACUGGUUAUGGCUGACAACACAGAAAUAAAGUUUGCUUUACCAGUGAACUUUUUGUUAAAUAACUUGCUCAGAACUGUUCGAAUUUAAAUGUAUAUAUACAAUACAGUAAUAAUCCUAUCUGGAUUUGACGUUUUCGUGACUGCAGGAAUUCAUACUCUUUGGUUAUUUCGGUAAAGUCACGAAAUAACCAAAGCGUAUAGUAAUGAUACGACUAUAUAUAGUGAGGUACAUGGAUGUACGUAUUUAUAUAUGUAUACAGUGAAACUAAUGUUUUGAAAACCUCUUGUGAUGACCAUUUAUCAAGACUGGCAUGCUGGUGUGUGUAUAAAAAAAAUACUUAUGAGUUAGAAUGAGAAUCAGGUUGACAUAUAAAGCAUGAAAACUGAGGUGUAUUUUCAUAAAGCCAUGGAAUAUGCACAUUGGCUUUAUUCAUCAUAUCCAUAUUCAGUAUUGAUAUGUUAUUAGGGGCUAACAUUUUUACUAAAGUUUUUGACUUGCCUAAUUGUAACCAAAUUUUACAAAUGUGUUGUUUUCUCUCUUAUGAGCGAACUCUCAUUGGCAUCACUAAAAGACCAUCCAUUAAUUCCCUGGUACAAUUAUUAUUGUUAAACCUAAGAUUGUAGCCAAUGCAUAUGAAAUGUACACUUCUGUAUCAAAAUUCUUCUGUCGUUUUAAGCGUGUUGCUGCCUCUUACAAGGUGGUCUAAAAUGUGGUUUCGUGUAUUGUAUGCAGCACAUCCGGUACUCAUGACUGAUUUUGAUAUAAAGCACAAGCUGCCCCUUAACCAUAGCCAAGACCAAGCCCUCAAUUUCUCAAUAACUUCAAAUGCCAAUGCCAAACCAAAAGCGUAACCACCGUUCACACUUUCUUCCACUGUACCUAACCAAUGUCUGUAAACUAACGCUUAGGCAGUUCAAAGCUAGGACAUUAAAAGUAUAUGUUUGCAUGACGUUUUCAGGGUUCCACAUAUGCAGUUUGUUGCGUUGGUCUGCCGAUAUUGCAGAUACAGGAACGAUUCAUAGGAAAAUAAUUAUUAAUAAAAAA